AUGAGUAACGGAAACGCGGCCGGGAGCAGCGGCGGCGGGCCGUGCGGGGCAUGCAAGUUUCUGCGGCGGAAGUGCGUGGCCGGGUGCGUGUUCGCGCCGUAUUUCGACUCGGAGCAGGGCGCGGCGCACUUUGCGGCGGUGCACAAGGUGUUCGGGGCGAGCAACGUGUCGAAGCUGCUCCUCCACGUUCCGGAGAGCAGGCGCCUCGACACGGUCAUCACCGUCUGCUACGAGGCUCAGUCGCGCCUCAGGGAUCCCAUCUACGGCUGCGUCGCUCAUAUCUUUAAUCUUCAACAACAGGUGGUGAAUCUGCAGCAAGAAUUGUCCUACCUACAUGCUCACAUCGCGGCUAUGGAGCUUCCAGCUCCGCCGCCACUGCAGCAUCAACAACAGCUUCUGGGUCCGGUGUCACAGGAAAUACUGGAUUUUCCGGCAUACGACUUAUCGCCCCAGUCUCCUUGGAGCCUCUAUCCGCGGCAGCAAAUCGAGCAGCGCCACUUUUCCAACACCGCCACGCCGGCGGCCGUUGGAGUUGGAGGAGGCUGCGAUCUACAAGAAAUGGGGCGUGAACUUCUGAACCGGCAUGCUCCGCCUAUGGUGGGAUGCAGCAAUCAGGCUUCGUCUUUAACCGCCCAACUCUUGUUAGAAAAGGAAAAUGGCAAAAACUAA